AUGGCAGGCAACACUAUCGUUUACGUUGGCGCCGAAGCCAGCGGCCUAUAUCGCAAAACGGCCGGCGAAGCCUACUGGGACUUGCUGACCGAUGGGUUGGCUCCCGCUACCCAGGCGCGAGCCAUCGCCAUUCAUCCCAACGAUCCCCGCACAAUUUUUUGUGGGACGCAGCGGGGCGUGUAUCGAAGCACCGACGGAGGAGAUCACUGGCAGCGCAUGAAUAUGACCGAGGGUCGGGUGGUCUGGUCGCUGCGGUUUCAUCCCAACGAUCCCAACAUCAUGUUCCUGGGCACCGAGGGCGCAGACGUAUACAAGAGCGAGGACGGCGGGGAGAACUGGUCGCAGAUCGCCACCAUUACCAACCCCAGCCAGGUGCAAAUGGCUUUUGCCAUGCGCAUCCUGGGUAUCGACAUCGAAGCCAACAACCCCAACAAUAUGUAUGCGGCCCUCGAAGUCGGCGGAGCGGCCAACAGCACGGACGGCGGCCAUACCUGGACGAUUCGCAACAGCGAAUUCGCCGGUGACGUUGACCUGCUGGACUUGCACGGCGUGGCAGUUGGCUCCCCCGAUUCGAGCACGGUGUUUAUCUCGAACCGCACCGGCGUGUGGCGCAGCCGCGACAAGGGAGCAUCCUGGCAGGACUGCAACUUCGAACAGUUCUCGGACAUCAAAUAUUCCAGGGGCAUAGUGCGCGACCCGUCCAACCCCAACACUCUCUACGCUUGCGUGGGAAUGAACUUUGGCAGCGAGCAGGGCGGUGUGAUGCGCACGACCAAUCUCGGCGAUAGCUGGGAACGGUUUGACCAGGGCAUCAAUGCUGGCAGCACUACCUUCGGGAUCGCCGUGAACCGACAAGACCCGGCGCAGGUGUAUUUCUGCACCCGCCGCGGCCAGGUGUUCGGCACCCACGACGGCGGAGCCAACUGGACUGCCGACACGUUGCCGGAAACGGCCAUGAACGUGAUCAGCGUGGCUUGCACGUCGGCAUAA